CAAUCACUUUUUGGGCAGAAUCCAGCCGCACUUCCCCCUCCUCUCCUCUCACUGCCCCUUCUACUUCUACUACAGCAGCAGCCUCCCACCUCACACUGCCUUAAAGAGUGAGGUUGGGACAGUUGGGGAGGGAAACGGAAACGCACUUCCUCAUCCUAUCACUCGGAUAAUCCGGUGUCCCGAGGGUUGGAGGUUGAAGAAUGGCAGAAGAAUUGGACAAGCCGCUGCUCGACCCCGAGAACUUCAACCGUGAUAAUAUUGAUUUGGAGCGCUUACCCCUAGACGAAGUCUUCGAGCAGCUGAGAACGACCCGACAAGGUCUCUCUUCUGAAGAUGCUGAGGCAAGGGUGCAAAUUUUUGGCCUGAACAAGCUUGAAGAGAAGCCGGAGAACAAGUUCUUGAAGUUUCUCGGAUUUAUGUGGAAUCCCCUGUCAUGGGUCAUGGAGGCAGCAGCAAUCAUGGCUAUUGCUCUUGCCAAUGGGGGAGACGAAGGUCCUGACUGGCAAGAUUUCGUGGGUAUUCUUUGCCUGCUUCUAAUCAACUCAACGAUCAGUUUCAUUGAGGAGAACAAUGCAGGUAAUGCAGCAGCAGCACUCAUGGCCCGUCUAGCUCCCAAAACAAAGGUUCUUCGAGAUGGACAAUGGCAAGAGAUGGAUGCAUCCGUCUUAGUACCUGGUGACGUUAUCAGCAUUAAGCUCGGAGACAUCAUCCCAGCAGAUGCCCGACUUCUCGAAGGAGACCCUCUGAAGAUCGACCAGUCAUCUCUCACAGGAGAAUCUCUUCCGGUGACCAGGAGGACUGGUGAUGAAGUCUUCUCGGGCUCAACUUGCAAGCAUGGAGAGAUAGAAGCUGUAGUCAUAGCUACUGGAGUCAACACAUUCUUCGGAAAAGCUGCACACUUGGUCGACUCCACUAUAGUCGUCGGACAUUUCCAGCAGGUUCUGACUUCUAUUGGGAACUUCUGCAUCUGCUCAAUCGCGGUUGGAAUGGUUCUUGAGAUCAUCGUGAUGUACCCGAUCCAACACAGAUCAUACAGAGAUGGAAUCAACAACCUCCUUGUCCUCUUGAUCGGAGGAAUCCCGAUUGCUAUGCCAACUGUGUUAUCUGUCACCCUGGCUAUUGGUUCUCACCGGCUGUCCCAACAGGGUGCCAUUACCAAGAGGAUGACUGCGAUCGAGGAAAUGGCAGGAAUGGACGUCCUCUGCAGUGACAAGACCGGGACCCUGACCCUGAACCGCCUUACGGUUGAUAGAAAUCUCAUCGAGGUUUUCCACAAAGAUAUGGACAAGGACAUGGUUGUCCUCUUGGCGGCGAGAGCAUCCCGACUCGAGAACCAGGACGCUAUUGAUGCUGCGAUCGUGAACAUGCUUGCAGAUCCAAAGGAGGCUCGUGCGAACAUCAAAGAGGUGCAUUUCCUGCCAUUCAACCCAGUGGACAAGCGUACAGCGAUCACUUACAUUGAUGCCGAUGGUAACUGGUACCGUGCUAGCAAGGGUGCCCCUGAACAGAUCCUGAACAUGUGCAUAGAGAAAGACGAGAUCAAGGGGAAAGUCCAUGCGAUCAUUGACAAGUUCGCCGAGCGUGGCCUGCGGUCUCUUGCAGUUGCUCUUCAGGAAGUUCCAGAGAAGAGUAAGGAGAGUCCUGGAGGUCCUUGGAUGUUCUGCGGACUGUUGCCUCUCUUUGAUCCACCAAGACAUGACAGUGCUGAGACCAUCCGCCGAGCACUUAAUCUGGGAGUCAACGUCAAGAUGAUCACAGGUGAUCAGUUGGCAAUUGCAAAGGAGACGGGGCGACGGCUUGGGAUGGGAACGAACAUGUAUCCCUCGUCAUCCCUGUUGGGGCGUGAAAGAGAGGAGCAUGAAGCUCUCCCUGUCGACGAGCUCAUUGAGAAGGCAGACGGGUUCGCUGGAGUCUUCCCAGAGCACAAGUACGAUAUCGUGAAGAUUCUGCAGGAGAAGAAGCAUGUGGUCGGGAUGACUGGAGAUGGUGUGAACGAUGCACCUGCUCUCAAGAAGGCUGAUAUUGGGAUUGCAGUUGCAGAUGCUACUGAUGCUGCAAGGAGUGCCUCUGACUUGGUUUUGACUGAGCCUGGGCUAAGCGUGAUUGUUAGCGCUGUCUUAACUAGCCGAGCCAUAUUCCAGAGGAUGAAGAAUUAUACAAUAUAUGCUGUCUCCAUAACAAUUCGUAUUGUGCUCGGUUUCGUCCUCUUGGCCUUGAUAUGGGAAUAUGACUUUCCGCCUUUCAUGGUUCUGAUCAUAGCAAUCUUAAACGACGGUACCAUCAUGACCAUCUCAAAGGAUCGAGUUAAACCAUCCCCCAGGCCCGACAGCUGGAAGCUCAACGAGAUUUUCGCUACAGGAGUCGUCAUCGGGACCUAUCUAGCUCUAAUCACCGUGCUCUUCUACUGGGUUGUGAUCGACACGACAUUUUUUGAGGUAAAGAACCUAAAACCACGUGUCCCUUUCUCUGAAGGAUCAUUUCUUUGGGAAAAUGUAACGGAAGAUUCUAUGGCUCUUUCCAUUCAGGACCAUUUCGGUGUGAAAUCCCUAUCGAACAACUCCGAGGAGGUCUCCUCUGCUGUAUAUCUCCAAGUCAGUAUCAUCAGUCAGGCACUCAUAUUUGUCACCCGAAGCCAGAGCUGGUCAUUUGUCGAGCGACCUGGUGUCCUCUUGAUGUGUGCUUUCGUGGUGGCUCAACUGGUGGCAACCUUGAUUGCUGUCUACGCACAUAUCAGCUUCGCCUACAUCAGCGGCAUUGGAUGGGGAUGGGCCGGUGUCAUCUGGCUCUACAGUCUAGUCUUCUAUGUCCCACUCGAUAUCAUCAAGUUCAUAGUCCGAUAUGCGCUCAGCGGAGAAGCAUGGAACCUCUUGUUUGAUAGGAAGACGGCGUUUACUUCCAAGAAAGAUUACGGCAAGGAUGAUCGGGCUGCUCAAUGGGCUAUUUCUCAGAGAAGCUUGCAAGGUUUGCCUGGUCUCGAGGAGUUCAAUGGGCGCCGAUCUCGAUCUUCUCUCAUCGCUGAACAGGCCCUCCGUCGUGCAGAAAUCGCCAGGCUUGGGGAAAUACACACUCUGAGAGGACAUGUUGAGUCGAUUGCAAGGCUCAAGAACUUGGACCUGAAUGUGAUCCAAUCAGCUCACACGGUUUGAAGAAGUUGCAGAUAGUGCAGUUUUCGGUUUCCGAAUGAUGGAAAACCUCAGAGCACUUGAUCAGUCAGUUUCAUUCAAAAAAGGAUUGCGAUCUUUGUUGUAGAAGAGCUUGGGGAAACGUUUCCCGAUUUUCGCGGCAUCAAAGAUCGAUCAGGCAAGUGUCCAGACAAAAAUCUCCUGCCAAACCCAGUUACAUUUCUAUGUACUUGUUUACAUUCCUCAAUCUGUAUUGCAAUUUUUUUUGGAUAGAGAGCAGACUAUCGAAUUUUGAGCUUGGGAAAAAUUCUUGUUCCGAUUGAUCUGAGAGGUAUUUAUGUAAUUUAGGAAACUCCGAGGGUAAUAAAAGUACUUGAUCGAAUUCCAUCUUA